AUGGCACCCACAACUACAACCGAAGCUCCAACCACUACUAAUGCACCAACAACUGCAGCUAUAACCACAACAGCUAUCCCAACAUCUACAACUGGAGCUCUAACAACAACAAUUGUACCAACAAUUACAACCAAAGUUCCAACCACAACUAAUGCACCAGCCAGCGCAGCUUUAGCUCCAACAACAACAAAUGCACCAAGAAGUACAUCUGAAGUUCCAACCACAACUAAUGUAGCAUCAACCACAACUGCAACUGCAUCUGCAACAAAUGCACCAACAACAGCUGCAGCUACAACAACAACAGCCUUCCCAAUAACUACAAUUGGAGCUCCAACAACAACAAAUGCACCAACAACUAAAACUGAAGCUCCAACCACAGCAAUAGUACCAGCAACAACUGUAGCCACAACGACACCAGCCAUCCCAUCAGCUACAACUAAAUCACCGACCACAACUAAUGCACCAACAACAACUGAAGCUCCAACUACAACUAAUGCACCAAUAACUACACCCAAAGCAUCAACAACUGCAACUGAAGCUCCAACCACAAGUAAUGCAGUAUCAACAGCAACUGAAUCUCCAUCUACAACCAAUGCACCACCAACAGCUGCAGCUAUAACCACAACAGCUAUCCCAACAUCUACAACUGAAGCUCCAGCAACAACAAAUACACCAACAACUAAAGCUGAGGCUUUAACCACAAGUAAUGCACCUACAACAAUUGAAGUUCCAACAACAACAACUACACCAACAACAACAACUGAAGCUUCAACCACAACAAUUGCACCAACAACAAUUGUAGCUCCUAACACAACAAACAUCCCAACAAGUACAACUGAAGGUCCAACAGCACCUAAUGCACCAAUAUCAACUGUACCUCCAACCGUAACAAACUCACCAACAACCAUAACUGAAUCUUCAACAACAACAAUUCCACCAACAACUACAACUGAAGCUCCAACCACAACUAAUUCACCAGCAACAUCUGUACUCUCAACUACACCAAACAUCCUAACUACAACUGAGGCUACAACAACCACAUAUGCACCAACAACUACACCUCAUGCUCCAACAACAACAAAUGCACCAACAACUGCAGCUGUUGGAACCACAGGCUUUGUUGUUAUGAACACCACAACAACCAUGAAUUUGGUUCCUUCUACUGCUCCACAGACACCCCUCAUAACAACUGCUGCUCUGUCUACCUCUGCUUCAACAUCUGCAAUCACUGCAGGAUCCUCCCCUGUAACUAAUGCCGCAGCAGCCUCAACAGCUGAAGGUGCCUCUGUCGCCAUGACAACAAAUUCUCCAGCUGCAACAAAUACAACUACAACAACAGCUGCAAACUCAGUGACUUCCCCAACAGCUGCCACGAGCGGUGUACCUGUGGUUGUUGCACCGACUGUCUCUGGGGGUUCCUCUGGUGCAUCAGCAACCACAGCACCACCAACCACCAUCGGGACGGUGCUGAUCUUCAUCCGCUUUGUGUUCUACACCCUGAAUCCAGUCCCCAGUGAGAGCCAGAUUCUCAGCCUCGCCAGCACACUGUUAGACUCUCGCGUCAGGAGUCUGAACGACCCCCAGAAACUGCAGAAUGUCACUUAUGAGAAAUUAUCAAACUUCUCCUUCGCUGUCAAUGUGGCCUACCAGAUACUCAACGUGAGCAUGUCAGAGAGCAUGGGACUGAGAAAUGAGACUUACAACCUCAUCCAGGACUCUGUGAACAACCUGCUGAAUUUAAUUCUGAACAAACCCGGGGCGAAUCCUUUCGUCUUUCCACGAGCGAAUUACACGAGCAUGCCUAACCAAAUUGAGGCUGACGUGCAGUACGUCUUUCGGGAAGGUGACAUUAACCAACCCAGUGCUUUCCUGGCUGCCAUUCUGAAAGUCUCUGGCCUGGCCACCACUGCUGCCCCAACAACAACCACGACCACAACCACGACCACCACAACCACC